UGUGAGCGUUUAGAGGCGCAUUCUAGAAAAUGUUUACGCACUUUCUCCAACGUAGACAGAAUGCAUAUCCAUGUACAAUACUCUGAAAGUCUAACUCGCGGCGGCGGAUGGAGUCGCUGCAGUCAGCUGCGCGUUUAAUCUUAUCAUGGUAAACAAGUAAUGAAUGGCACACAUAUUUAAACAAUGGAGGGGAUUCUAUUCAAGUGGACCAAUUACAUAAGCGGGUGGCAACCUCGCUGGUUUGUGCUGGAUGGAGGAACUCUGUCCUACUACGACUCUCAAGAGGAUGCUUGGAAAGGCUGCAAGGGGAGCCUUAAAAUUUCUGUUUGUGAAAUUCAAGUUCACUCAACUGACUCCACACGGCUUGACCUGACCAUACCUGGAGAGCAGCACUUCUACCUAAGAGCCAUCAAUGCGGCAGAGAGGCAAAAAUGGCUGGUAGCUCUGGGAACAGCAAAAGCUUGUUUGACUGACAACAGAACAAAGAGAGAGAAGGAACUCCAGGAGAACACAGAAGCGCUAAAGACAAAGAUGUCAGAGCUCCGAUUGUACUGUGACCUUCUUCUGCAACAAGUCAAUAAAAUAAAGGACGGUGAUGAGCUCGGCGACGCAGCAGACACAUCAUCAGGUGCAGACACAGGAGACCUGGUGAAGUCGACGUGUACCACUUUCCUCAUGACACUGGAAGAGUGCAUGCUGAUUGCACAUCGUACUUUCGCAACAGAUAUGUCCAAACUGAGCCCACCGGCGUCUCCUCCAGUCGCUGCCAUUAAACCCCAAAAGAUGAGACCUGUCAAUCAUUUAAAUCAGCACCUUGGAGAUAAGUGGGGAGAUUUAUCUGUAACAGACACCCUCAGCUUUGAGUCUGGUGCAGAAGGACCAGAAGAACCAGACAGACCAGUGAACCAUUCCUCCCCUUCACAACUUUUUACCGCCAAUGGCUCCAUCCGGCAGGAGCAGGUUGCAUCCCAGAAUACCUCUCAGGCCGAAAGCUCCCACACGGCAACAGAAGAUGGAGAUGGGGAACAAGAAGGAGAGCAAAUGAAGCUCGAAAGGGACCAAAGCUCCGACGACGCCGUGCCGUCUCAACAGGAAGCAGUAUCUGAUGGAGACAAGAGUAAGAUUUUGAAGGACCCCACAGAGCCUGGAGACGACGAGUCGGUGGAGACAUUUUUCAGCACAAUGGGUCACAGAUUUAGUGACUUAAAGCUGGAUGACGACAAUGGUAUCCCCACACAAGCGUUUUUGGACUCAUGCUAUGCAAUAGUGCCGGUAUUAGACAAGCUGGGCCCGACUGUAUUUGCUCCGGUCAAAAUGGACUUUGUGGGAAACAUCAAAAAAAUUCAGCAGAAGCAGAUGUCGAACCCCGACAGCUUCUCCACGCUGCAGGGCAUCGUACUGCAUGAGGUGCACGCCGAGGUGGCUCAGGUACGCAACUCGGCUACCGAGGCUCUGCUGUGGCUCAGACGUGGCCUCAAAUUCCUGAAGGAGUUCUUGUCUGAGAUCAAUGCUGGACAACAAGACAUCCACGGAGCCCUCAAUCAAGCGUAUGGGAAAACUCUUCGGCAAUAUCAUGGAUGGGUUGUUCGUGGCGUGUUUGCGUUGGCACUAAGAGCCGCUCCGUCCUACCAGAGCUUCACUGCUGCUUUAGUGUCGACAGAAGGCGACGAGCUGAAGAGCAGCUUCAUCAGCGGCGUGCACAGAGACCUCGACAUCUACCUGCCCGCCAUGGAGAGACAGCUGGCCAUCUUGGACGCCCUCUAUGACGAACACAACCUGGAGUCUGACGAGGUAGUGUGAACUUUUUAACACUAGAUCUGCACUAGGAAGGAUGAAGGAACACGCUGAUUGUAACACGACUACUAAAGUGUGUUCGAAACUCUGCAAAGGUUCUAAGACAGAACAAAGUGUACUUUCUAGACUGACAUCUAACAUUGCAAAUGUUAACGUGUCAUCUGUACAUGUACUGUAUAUGUACAGAAGAGCUUCUCACUUCGAUGUGUUCAUGAGGCAGAAUGUCCAUCAAAAAGAACCUUUUAAUGCCAUUAUUUCCACUUGUAUUCUUACAACUAACCUGCUCAUCUUGCACUUCAUAUUCUGUUAAGAACUACAGUGUGUAUAUUUUAAAGACUUAAGCGUUAAAUAUCAUACUCAUUUGUUACGUGUAACAAAAAACGGCAGCUUCCCAAAAACCUUUUCUUGUUUUACUUUUGUUGAUUUGCACACAAAACAAUGUGUCUUUGGAGGUCAGCCACAAAUACAUUUGGCGUUACUUGUUAGGUGGCGCUUUUCAUGGUAAACUCUGCUUUUUGAUACAGCAUAUAGGACUCGAAAGGGCACGUGAUUUGGCAAUGCAUUGUGGGGCCGUGGUUGCUAUCUAUGUUGGCUAAAGAUUUUGUUUACAUGGCUGCACAAGAGAGCAACAAACUGGAUUAAAAUACAAAAGAAAAAAAUCAAGGGACCGUACACAGACAAAAUGGAUCCUGUUCCAAAGUCUCUCUACCUCGAAAGAAUAAGUAAAAUUGGUGAAAUUGCUUGAUGGGACGAGCCUGUCCAAAGGACGAGAUUUUUUUCAUAAGCAUGUUUCCAUGGAAAAAAACCUGCUUCAUUUUUGUCCUUACUAAUGACUAGGGAUGUAACGAUAAACUGUAUUAUUGAUAACCGUGGUAAAACUCCCCGUUGUUACUAUUACCGUUUUAAAUUAAAAUAAUGGAAAAACCCUUAGUGAUAACUGCACUUAGUUAAACUCAAGGACUGAGUGGCGCUGGCUCGCUAUCUUAAAUGAUGACAUGAACAUAAGAAACAUUAACAUCUUUCCCCAUCAAAAAAGGACAUACUCCAAUCUAAAUGUAUACAAACACAUUACUGUCUGAGCAACUCAGAUUUUAAUUUGUGUUCAUUAAACUUACAAGCUGUGCUCUCUUAGAACAGAUUGAUCGUUCAAUCCAAGACAAAGGUGUUUUUAUGGUGCAUUCAAGGACCCCUGAACAGACUAGGACGGCACAACGCCAGCCAGAAAUAAUACAUAGUAAUAGAUUAUAUUUGUAAUGCAGAUUUCAUUUAAAUAAAUCAUAAAGUGCGGAAGUACAAACUUUAAAAAUGUAAAACUAUAAAUGUUAAGCCAUUAAAAAGGAUCAAAUACUAAGUCUAAAACAAUAUCAGUGAGGCAUAAGAAACAAAAAACAUGUAAAAUAGUGGCUUUUCUAAUUGUGUGUCUAUUUAUUUUAGUUUAUUUUAAUCACAGAACAGAUUUAUCAGUAUAUGUAAUAUAGUUUAUUUUUAGUUAUUUAAAUAAAUUGCUCUAAAUAUUUCAGUGUAUGUAUAAAUACUUUUUAGCACAUUCAACAAUACCACAUUAAUAAUAAUAAUAAUAAUCGUGAUAUGACAUUUUCAUAUUGUUACAUCCCUACCCAUGACUAAAAGUAAACAGACAACACGCUUUUUUCUAAAAUGGUGUACAUUGUUUGUAGCCCCCAGCUAGCUGGGCUAAUGCUAACAGCCUAGUAAAUGCUACGUGUGAAACAAAAUAUCACAGGCUUUGAUUCAAACUUAACUAAAAAUUCCGUGAACACACCAGGAGUGGCGUUAAAAGUAAUGUUUGGUCGUCUCUUUGUUAGCUCAUUAAUCCAGAGUUUCUUGGCUUUGCCUUCACUAUUACUAGUUCUGUCCUAAAGGUUGAAGGUGAGAUAUAUUCUGCAUGCUUUGACGGGGAAUAAGUAGUGCCAUUUGUCUCUCGACCCGACUGGUCGAGACAGACGACCACCCCACCGAGCCUAGGUUCUGUCCAAGGUUGCUUACUAUAGGGGCGUUUUCUCUUUGCCUCUUUUGCCAAAUGCUUGCUCAUGUGGGGUUCGGUUGUUUUUUUCUUUCUGUCUUUUUUUUUUCUGUUUGGAAUGUUGCUUAUGGCAAAUGGUUGGGACCAGACAAGCCUUGCUUCUUCCCACUCCCUUUGGACUGUUGGUCACUUGAGUAAAAGUGUGUCUAGCAAGAUUUUAAAAUGUUCCAAAUACAAAAAAAAUUCUAGAUUGAAUUGACUUUAAUCUGGUGGACAAAUAUACCGGUAAACGUUUAAAAUUGACAGCCAGUAGUCUAACUUGAAAUUUGAAUAUAAAGGACUGACUGAAUCUGUAUUAAGUUAUAAUGUGGUAUCAAAACCAGUGUUUUUAAUUUCCUUUUUUUUUUAAGUCACAUGGAACAAAGUUUUCAUUUUUUAUUUAGCGUUACUAUUUGAAGCCAAUUUAAGGAACACAGAAAGACAUUCUAAAAUUGUAUUAAUUAAUCUGCCUAUUUUUAAACAAUAGCCAAAACGAAUCAACUGAACAUGUAUUUUUCGGAACUCUUGAAUGCGACCCAAAAGUCGCAACAACACUUCAGGGUUUCAAUAUUCCUGUAGAAUACAAGCCAUUUUUAUUUUUUAAUGUUUUAACUUAUAAAGUGUACCCUCGCUUGUCUUCUUGUCUACUUCAUAGUUUCACUGGCAGCAUUAUUAUCAAGGUUGCCAUUGUAAACCACCUUUAACUAAUUAACGUUUGCGUUUUUUUCCACUGUCAAACAAUUUGUGUGGUUUGGGACUGACCAAAAUAAAUGAAACAAAAGUGGUGCCAAAUCAACAUCUCCUUUAGCGAGACAGAGCUUCCUGUCACUCAAACACACCAGUCACCCACUGGAAACGGAAUUAUGAUGCAAGCUUUAUUAGGAAGAUCAAUAUGAAUCAGUCAAAAUGUUAUUUUUUUAAAGAGCAAACAGUCAAACAUUGUUUUCAGAAUUGCAUUUUUGCUCAUCCUUGAAGAAUGCAUUUGGUAAGGCCUUGCACAAUGAAGUGGAAAAUACUCACAUUUGAUUGUUUUCUAUAAUUGUAUCAUGAUAAUGAUUUGUACUAAAUAAAUGACUUUGAGUUGUC